AUGGAACACUUCUUGAUCGAUGAUGUUUUGACUAGCGUGGGCGGUGUGGGUAUGGCAAAAUGUUUGGAAUUUUUUUGGGAUCAAAAAUUGAAUUUCCACGAAAUAUUCACCCACGCAAUGACAAAAAUUUUAAUGACUUUAAGACUUUCUUCCUUUCUGACAAAGAUAACUCAGCUCCAUUCUUAUUUAAAUGAAUCAUAUAAUCAACUUAAACAUGAAGGAACGGAAGAUGGCAUAAUAAAUAAGAAAAUUAUCUGA